CGAAGCGGCAAUCACAGUUCAGCGGCAAAACAUACAAUUAAAUUCCAUAAUUCCAAUAUGGCUUCCACAGAUGAUGAUGUUUUUCGAAAGCGAUUGCUGAUAGAUGGUGAAGGAGCGGGAGAUGACCGAAAAAUUCAGACUUUACUUAAAACAUUUCUGAAGUGGUUUAACGACACUGAGGGAUCUGAAAAUGACAGGAAUAUUCUCUACAAUAAAAUGCUAAUCUUAUUGUCUCAAUGUGACUUUAAUAUUGGUAAAACUUUACAAGUACAUGAAAUGAACCAAAGAGAAAUGAAAAACUAUAGAAAACGUUAUGAGGAAAUUGAAAAAAGUAUCAAGGUGGCAAAUGAACAAAUAUCAGAAUGCAAGAAAGAGCUAGAAGAGGCAAAGACUAUCAGGAAACAUAGACAAGAAUAUGACAGUCUUGCAAGGGUUAUUGCUAAAGAACCAAACAGAAAAGAAACAACAAGACAGAUUGAAAGCUUGGAUAAAGAAGUACAGUCAAUGAAAGAAACACAGGAAACUCUUGUUACAAAGCUUGAACUGCGUAAGAAACAAUUUCACCUUCUGAUUCACACCAUUCAUGAGUUACAAGAAAUGUUGGAAGCAGACUCUUCUAGCACCAAUACAACAAAAGACAUGCAAAUUGAAGGUACCAGUGCUGAUGUCAUGGACACAUCAUGACAUCAAAGAUACAUUGUGAGGUCAUGCUAACCCUGUGGAUAAAGCUGUAUGUCAUUGUAUUAAUAAGUGAUACUCUAUGGUAUGCAAAAAUUAUUCAAAUAGUCUAAAACUGAACAUCAAAGCUUCAUAUUGUACUCUAUGAUUGUUUUUGAGGUCUAAUUCAAUGAAUUAUUUGAUGACUCUCAUAAACAUUAAAUCUCUACAAGGAUACCAUGCAGAUAGCUUCAGUAUAUUAAAGGAAAACUAUCAAGUUGUUUUUGCAGAAACGUACUGCUCAUGCCUGCACUUUUGAAUGAAAAAUAUUAAUAUCCCAGUACAAACUUCAUAAUACUUUGUCCCGACAAUCACGUGUUAUGUGUGUAUCGUGCAAAUCCUGUACAAUUCAAAAAGUCGUCAACUCCUUCACCAUCACUAUACUAUACACUAUUCGAAAAAUCACUAUACUGAAAAUACUAUUUCUGCUAAUGUGGAAACUGCGACCAUUGUGCGUAUCGUAGGCCUUGCAUUAUUAUAAAGGGGUUUUUUAAGGGU